AACCAUUUCAAAGAAUAUUCGUACAUUUGAUGGGAAACAGUAAGUGUAAGCAAAGUCAUUCGUCAGUGUUUGAGAACGAAGAGGAAGAGGAAACUUGGUUUGAAUGGAUGGAGUCAACGAACGAGCGAAAUCAAACGUCUGUAACACCGAGAACACAUCCGUUGCCCGUUCAACCGUUGGCUUUUCAAGCGGAUUUGCUUGAAAGAUCGAAGAGCAUGAGAUCCAAACCAGCUUUGUAUUUUUUCACCGAUGGUAAUGUCUUAAGGGGACUUCACAAAGCAGGCUCUGAAAAUGACAGAAUUUCUGAAGAAUCUGCUCUUCGUAUUGAGAACAAUAACUCUCUAAGAAAAAAUGAGGAAGCAGUUAUGGUCGAAGAUGAAGCAAUUUAUUCACCGGUAAGUUUUGCUUUCUUAAAAAAAAACUUUUUUUCUUCUAUCGAACAUAAUAGAGACAAAUAAUGAGCAAGCAUUUACUUGUUUUGGCGCGCACUGAUCUUAGUUGUACCUAUUUUGUAGUCAAUGAUAAAAAUAAGAUCUUAUUGCCGACUCAAUAUUUUUUCAGACGUUUUUAAGACAUUUGGAAAUUUUUACACUACUUCAGAGAUAUAAUUAUUGAAUCAAAUGAAAUAACUUAAUAUAUAAUCGAGGAUGGACGGGGAUUUCAAAUGGGCAGCCAUUUCAGUAAUAUAUAAACCAUUUUAUUAUUUGCAUCUCUCCCUAUGAAUCUAGAAAAAGGUACGUCCUCGCUAUCCUCAUAUUUUUUGGUUGAGAAUUAUCUAAAUUACACAGUUUUCAUUAAAGGCCAUUUGCCUGCACAGUGCAUGUAUCUACAAUGUUUAUAUUGUCGUUUAGUUCUGAAACUAAAAUAGGACAAAGAUGACAUCUUAAGCAAACGUUCUUGCCAUAAACAAAUCUUGGGUAAAAUAAUGUUCUUUAGCCCAAACAGUUAACACAAACAGUUUUAAACGCAAAUGACUGAUGUACAUGUACAAAGCGCUGUUCUUUCCGUGUCGAAAAGAUUGCUUUUUAGGAAGUCGUUCAUGCAUGUAGUCUCGAAAUAAAUUCAUUUACGACCUUUUCCUGUUUUGUAGGGCCCUUGAAACAAUAAGAGCUGAUUAGAGAUUUGCAUAUAUAUAUACGCUCUUUACUUUACCUGAUCAGAAACACAAAAGGUUGAAAAGGGCUCGAAAGCAAUUAACACGAUCGAAACUGCUUUAGUUUAUUUUCCAGUUCACGAAACCUCGGCAGAUCCGACCCUAAGAUAACGAUAUGUGGCUAAGAGAAAAUUACUUUUUGAAAAUCAAUUCAAAAAUUGCGUCUUAUAUUCCAGACUAACGUGUAAUUUCAAGUGUUUUAGUUGCCAUUUGACAAGUAGACAUAAUUAAAGACGAGUAAAGACAACUGGAGAUAAAAAUGAAUAAUAUACUUAUAUUGGUUACCAUGAGUUCUAUGUCAUUGACGAAGCAGCUGCAAUUGAUGACUUUUUGCUCCAAACUACUGUAUAUAACGAACAUGUGAAUAGUUUUUUUUUACUGACCAUCUUGACUUAUUAGUUAACAUUUCGAGGACUUCUCUGUUACAGUCAAAGCAGGUCAAGCGUACCCUCCAAGAUUCUAUUCAUGAAUUGAUUAUUUGAAAAAUGAAUCCGUUAGUGGUUCCCGUAUCUUUUGUCAUAUUCAAAGCGGCAUUUCUGCUUGCGUAAUGAGCAGUGAAUAUCUAACUAGAACUUCUCUGUAUUAGGUCAGAUUGAAAAUCUUCGAAUGGAUUAUCUUUCUUAGAAGACAUUUACAUCAAAUUCAGGAAACUGAGCGGGUAGAAAUUUCGUAACUGCCUCGCGUGUGAAUUCAUUGAUCAUUACGCAUGCAAGAAUGCAGAGAUGAAUCUGAAAUCUACAACUACCAACGGAUUCAACUUUCGAAUAAUAAAUUCAUUAAUGGGAGCUUGGGGGGUACGCUUUACCUGGCUUGACUGUAAUGAUGUUGCCUUUGAAAACUAAAGCGGACAGACUGAUUCCUAACCAAGUUGCACACUGAUUCUUUAAGGUGUAUCAGUCUUGCAUGCAAUGGCCCAAAAUAAGAACAUCAAAGUGAACACCACCUUCAACUGACUACCCAUGAUUUUAGAAUCAUUCAUGUAACAGUCGUGUCACUAAGGGAUUAUUCUAAAAUUCCCAGAAAUUUUGAACUAAACACGGAUGGAACGUGUUGAUCCAGGGGAAAAAAAAUAAGACUUUGUUCGCCUGCAGAGGUUUGACCAAUCUUUCCAGUCCGAACAAACUUCACUUAGAACUAUUCAAAUCUAUUUCGGCAAAAAUUUAUUAGUAAAUGAAACGUUAAUGGACUGUCCUGUUAGAAAUUUUCUUUAAAUGGAACAAUAUCUUUCAAAUAAAUUUCCUGCUCCGGAAGAAAAAGUAUACGAUGAAACAUAGAAGGGAGGUUCAGUCACUGAGGAAAAACUAUAAUUAAAGUAUCGUUGACUCAGUUUAAAUUUUCGCUUUCGUCAAAACUAACACCUUACUUGAGGUUUCAAGUAGAGAGAAUAAAAGGCAGCUGCAUUAAACGCAGAUGAAAAUUAUGCUUUAGAGCCAUGUUGCUGCCUUGCAUAUGUCUUAUUAAGUAAGGCAAGAGGAAACUCUAUAUGUUCGGUAGAUGGUUGCCGUACGUGCGUUCAUGCCAAAGCCACAAAUGUCAUUUUUUUCUUUUAUCAUUAUUAGUUUUAAUCUAUCGAAUAUAAUCAAAUCUAUAAUUAUUCUCUCUCAGUCGACGAUUAUUUGGUAAACGAAUCAGUUAAAAAUUAAGCUUCCAAAAAAUGAUAUGGCGCAAUUUUCUUUAUAUUAAGGGUCAGUGAACUCACGGCUGCGAGAGCACAAAAACCAAGCAAAAACCAGUAGCUAUGUCUGAAUGCACUAAAUUAAAUGAAAUGAAAUAAAGUAAAGUAACUGCAAGAAAACACUUUUUCAGAUCUGAACAAAUGACUCCCUGACAGGUGAGAUUCGUUAGUGGAGACGAAUUAUAGAACUGGAACAACCUCUAUCAGUGUUUGACAAGAAUGUGCUUGGGAAAACAUAAGUAGUCGUGAUUCAUCCGAAAAAUCACAAACCCUUAUCAAGAGUCAAAUCUUCAAACUUGCACAAUACCGCAUCAUCGGGAUCAAGGAGUUUCGAGUAUAAAGGAACUUUUAAAAACAUUCUUAACAUUUACGUACAGUGAACAAGGUUCCGCGUUAAAAUGACAAGAUUAUCUAUUUCUUUUUUUUUUUUUGCAGAUAUUUCCAGAUUUUCCCGCCGGAGAAGUCAAUGUAUCUUUGUCUUUUGACCAAGGUACAAGUCGUUUGUGGGUAAGCAUCGUAAAAGCCAGAAAUCUCUGUUGCAAAGCUCGAGAAGGAAAAAAGCAGGACAAAUGUGGCGUGAGCUGUUCAGGUGAUAUCGGAGUUCCUACUCCAGCUUUUACUGUUAUUGCUAAACCAUUAAUGGAGACUUCAUGUUUUAGAAACCGUUUUUGAAGGUCACUUUGGUAAUACAUGUUCUUUGGCGAUAUUUAUGGCUUGUUUCCUCAAGCUUAUCUCGAAACCACACACAUCUCUGCCUCUCUUUCAAGAACUAGAGGUUAGGGCCAGGAAACAGUUGCUUAUCCUUUUUCUAUGGGCUGGUAGCAUUAUUUUUGUGCCUGUCAUCAGCAGAUCUGUCGAGGCUCAAAAUAUAUUUUACUCCAUUGAUUUGUCGAUAUUAGGCUGAAAACUCCAAAAAAAUGCCAACAUUCUCUACCUUUUAAUUCCAUCGUGAUUUCAUCAUGAAAUAAUAGCAAUAGUGGUCCAGUGUACUCUCACUGUAGCGUGCAAAGAAAACUAGACAGAACUCAGGCAAGCUCAAUUAUCAGCCGUUAACUAAGAAACUAAAAAUCAAAUAAAAUUGUGAAGCUUAUGCAUUGGGGAAGGACUGUAAAGUUUCUAAUCAGUAGCCUGAAUUUCAUCCGAUUACUUCGAGUCGUUAUUACUCCCCCAGUAACUGAGUUACUGAGGGAGUAAUAACUACUCGAAGUAAUCGGAUGAAAUUCAGGCUGUCUAAUCGGUGCAUGAUUUUGGUUUUAACUUUCUACGUAAGAUUUCUCUUAUUAGCUACAUGUAUUUGCCUCUCACAACUGGAGGUUUUUAUUUUAUUCAUUGUAGAUUUGUAUAUAACCGUGUACCUAAUGAGAGGACAGAGAAUCUUACAAUCAUACCGAACGUCAAAAAAGAAAGGGAGUUCGGAUAUUUUAUUCUACGAAAAUUACUCAUUCGAUCUCUCAUCAUUGGAUCUCAAUGAACUAACUCUUCGACUGACUGCCAUGCAUUGUUGCAAACACGUCAUCAAUACAGAUCACGUGAUAGGACAAGUUGAUACAGAUGACAGGACAAGUAAAACAUCAUUUGGUUGUCAUUGGUUAGAAGUGAUCACGAGUUCAAGAAGGAACGUCAAUAAAUGGCAUACUUUCUGGUGUUAGAGACUCAAAACUUGGUUGUCCAAACUACGUCUUUUCAAAUUCUGGAUAUAAAUGCAUAACAGCAAUUGCAACCAAGUGUUGGACGUAAACAAAACCCGGGGGUCCAUGUUUUGUAUACGUCUGCAAUCUAGUGUUAUGUGCAAGCUGUCGCAAAUAUUUUUGUCAGUGAAUAAAAAAUAAGGACCUUUUCUCGUUAUUAAACUUUCAAACAUGCAAAAGCUUGUUCAGUGCGGAAUUAAUUCAUGUGCUUAAACGGAUGUUUGACGUGCUAGAACUUUGUCUAUGGCCACGCUCACACGCCACUUGAGUUUUCUUCUUGGUGAAAAUUGUGCGACCACUUCGUUCACACUGAACCGUUCAAUAUUUUCGCUCCGUUCACACGAAUUUUCAAAGGCUAGACGUCUAAAUUUUCAGUACGGUUACAGUCAAUAUUCGGUCAGAUUAAAAAAUCUUUUUUGUAUGGAUAAAAUUGUUAUGAAUAAUGGGCUCC